AUGGUCACGUCCCUCAACUUCUUCGGAACGGGCGCGUGGGCCGGGGCCCCAGAGGGCCCCGACGACCAGCCUGGCGCCAGCGCCGGCCAUUUGUCCAGCACCCAAAGACAUUCCGUCCAGCACUUGUGGGAAGCUGCAGUGGAUUUCUUGUCCCGCGAAAGCCCCUUGCCGUCCAUAACGGCCAUCAAGCAUGACCUCUUCGCCCGCCAGACGGACUACGCGGGAGAAGCCGUGGCGGUCCGGAGGGAGCUCGUCGCCGAAAAAGUUUUCCCUGCUUGGCCGGAGCGCGGCGAGGCUGCAUCUGUCCCCGUGGUGUCGUUCCUCGAUGGAGAGCUGCUGGACGACGUGCGUGACCCCAGAUCGUGCCUGCUCCCUCCGGAGCAAUGGCCGGAGGAACCCCCGAGGUCGCGCGUUUGGGCGUCCGACACAGAAUGGUACAAGAUUGUCAAAGAAGGGGCUGCCCGAGGCAUCUUCGCAGAAGUCCCGGACGAGCUCGUUUUCCGAGAUUCCGCAGGCCGGCCAGUCGUCAACGGCGCAAUGGGGAUUGACAAGCACCCCAAAGGGCCAGUUCCUGGCCCCACCCUCUUGCGUUUCAUAUCGAUCUUCACGCCGAUUAACUCCUACAUGCGCAAGCUGCGGGGGGACGACCACACCCUGCCCACGGCCACUAUGCUCAAUGCGUGCAUUCUCGAAGACGGCGAGGAGCUCUGGGACGAUGCCGAGGACCAAAAAGGAUGCUUCAAUAUCUUCCGCCUCCCGGACGAAUGGCUAGGAUAUUGUACGUACUCUAAGCAAGUAUCUGCCGCGGCUUUCGGUGACGACCCCAACCGUAUGGCUUGGGUCGGUAUUCGUAGUGUAGCCAUGGGUUCAAAGAUUGCGGUUUCCAUCAUGCAACGAGUCAUCCGCACGCUCGUCUUCGACAUCGUUGGCGCCGACCCCCGCACUGAACUACGGCGGGACAGAGCGUUCCCAGACGGUGACGUCAGCAUCGUGUGCCUCGACGGAUUCGACUUUGUUCGGAAAGCGCAAUCUCGCCUGUGCAAGUUGCAAAUCGUGGAGUCCAUGGAGCAUCAGCAUUUCGUCGCUGCGUGCGCCAAACACGGAAUCCCCCUGAACCCGGCCAAAUCCCUAGUGGCGCAGUUGCGCGCAGGCAUCCUGGGGGGCCUGCUUCUGGGAGACAAGGGGUGGUUGAAGUUGGCGCCAGAGAAGGCCAACGCCCUGGUGGUCAAAACCGCGGUGCUGGCAACGGAGCAGCAAUGGCAGGCCGGCGCCCUCCAGCAUUGGGCGGGUCAGGCAUGUUUCGCCGCUGGCUUCCGCCGGCCCCUCUUCGCUGUCCUCGAGCAAAUCUUCCCCGCUAUCCAGACCGCCCUGGACGCGCCUGCGCCAGCAGACGCAGCGGUAAUAGACGAAAUGAUCGCCUUCGCUUGUCUGCUCCCUCUCGCGUACACGAAUCUCCGGGCGCCUGUUAAGCGCACCAUUUCGUGCACAGACGCCUCCGAGGACGGCGGCGGGGCCGCGGAAGCAGCUCAAUUCACACACGCUGUGGACCCACAACGGGGAGCGCGCCUGGAGGCACAUUUUGCCAAACUGGCUGAGGACUCGGCCUUCGCCCCGGCGCGGCCGCAGACGUGCGCAGCGUGUGCGGUCCAGGUCCGCCCCGACGCGCGCGGGGCAGGCGGGGCCGUCUGCCCCGCCCAGUGCGGUGCCGUGACGUGCUGCGUGGACUGCCUGCUGCAGCAUCGGCGCUCCCAAGUGCUGUCAGAGUCCGGCCAAAAGCAUGUGCGCCUGGAGGCCGAUGAUGAGUUCACGGCGUGGGAGCACUGGACAGUGCCUGGGGGCUCGUACGCGGGCGCGCGCCGCCUGGCACACGCCGCCGGCCCGCGCCACCGGCACGCGGCAGGGCUGGGCGGCCGAAGUGUGGUGGACGCCGACGCACACGGACAGCUGGCAGUCCAAAGGCUAUUGUGGCGUGUGCUGCACUGGGGCUUCGCUGUCGUGCAACACCCUUGGGAUAGCCCGCUGUGGCAGAGCGAAGGGGUGCAGUCCCUCCUCCGCUACAAGGGUGUAUUGUGCACCAGGGUCACCGUGACGGGCGUCGCGCCCGCCGCGGGCGACGCGGAUCUGUGUUUGCUACACAACUGCCGCCUGCUUGAACAAACGUUCUCGGCAGAGGAGACGGUCGCCCAGCGAGGCGCCUCUGCGUGCACGCAGGAACAGUUCUGUGCAGCAUACUCCCGCGCCGUUGCCCGAGCACUGCGCGAGCUCGGGCAACAAGGCGUGCCAGCAGCGCCCUCGGACCAGCCAGCGUGGGUCGAAACCCAGCUGGCGCGCGCCCGCCGGGGAGGCACCCAGGGCGCUUUAGCGCCAGCGGCCCAGGAGAUCGGGCGACUCCUGCAACGCAUGGUCCCUGGAGGGGAGCAAGCCCACCUCCGGUCCAUGCUUUCGUGGGCGGACACUAAAGGCGCUCAUGUGUGGAUGUCCACCAGCGAAGUUGCCGAUUUGCGGCAAACUGUGCCCUACCCGGCAUUCGCCUGGAAAUGGCACGUUGUCAUGUCGUACCGGUGGAAAGCGAAACAACAUAUCAACGUGUUGGAAUUAAUUGCGUAUUUAAACUAUGUCCGAAAGAAGUCUCGCUCUCGUUGUUACCACUCGUUGCGAUUCAUCAACGUCUUUGACAGCCAAGUGGCCGCGGCUGUAGUCGCAAAAGGCCGCAGUUCCAGCCGGCGCCUCAACAGACCGCGGCGGAAACUCAUGGCGUUGGAACUCGCAAUGGAUGCCUACUCCUUCGGUGUCUGGACCAUAUCAGAAUGGCAGUUCGCGGACGCCGCGAGCCGCCUUCACGCAGGACAACUUCACUUCAGCCCAGAUGGCCGCAAGGUUCUAAUUAUGCUGUACGAAACCAAAACAGCCAAAAGAAAAGGCGGCAACGUCGAGCACGUCAUCAUCCACGACGCAGUCGCCAUCAAAGCCCUGCAGGCGGCAUCUGCAGGCCGGUCUCACACCCAGCCUCUCUACACCAAACCACCAAACCAUUUCGCGCACGAGUACAAAUGGCUGGCGCAGUUCUUCGGCAUCAGUGGGGACACAGUUACGCCCUACGGGCUCCGGAGAGGUGGUGCUACAUGGUUGUGGUUGCUGUCGGGAUCCCUCGACCGAGUCAUGGUGGUGGGGCGUUGGCAGCACGCGCGGACAGCGCGCGUGUACAUUGAGACAGCUGCUGCAGAAAUGGGCGCCUGGUCCCGCAAUGCAACAGAAUCGCUGGUGCAGCAGGCCGCCGACCUUGGAAGGCGCGCGGUUCUGCAGGCGUGA